AUGGACACUUCUUCAAAGGCGUGGCUGCCCCAUCAGGCUCAGUUUGGGUUGGUUGGUCAAGCGGAGGUUUGCUGUGGUCCUCCUGGAGUGUUAACCCCAAACCAAUCUCGCAGGGCAAGUUUUGCCUCUGUAAGACAGUCAAGCAUGGAGACACCUCCCAACACCAACCCACAGCCCUUCAGGCAGCCGAGCUUCCUAAAUCGGAGGCUGAAGGGCUCCAUCAAGAGGGCCAAGAGUCAGCCUAAGUUGGAUCGCACCAGCAGCUUCAAGCAAAUGAUUCUACCACGAUUUCGGAGCGCUGACCAAGAAAGGACGCGCCUGAUGCAGAGCUUCAAAGAGUCACACUCCCAUGAGUCCCUGCUCUCCCCCAGCACCGCGGCAGAGGCCCUGGACCUGGUUCUGGAUGAAGAUGCCGUCAUCAAACCGGUUCAUUCAAGCAUCUUAGGGCAAGAGUACUGCUUUGAGGUGACAACUAAUUCAGGGACGAAAUGCUUUGCCUGCCGCUCGGCUUCAGAACGAGACAAAUGGAUUGAGAAUUUGCAGCGAGCUGUCAAACCCAACAAGGACAACAGUAGAAGGGUGGACAACGUGCUCAAAUUGUGGAUCAUUGAAGCUCGGGAUCUGCCUGCAAAGAAACGCUACUAUUGUGAGCUGUGCUUGGAUGACAUGCUUUACGCGCGCACCACCAGCAAGCCCCGAACAGACACCGUGUUCUGGGGCGAGCAUUUCGAGUUCAACAACCUGCCCACCAUUCGUAGCCUUCGCCUGCACCUGUACAAGGAGACAGACAAGAAAAGACGCAAGGAGAAAAGCACAUACAUUGGCCUGGUCAGCAUCCCCAUCUCCAGCAUCACGGAGCGUCAGUUUGUGGAGCAGUGGUAUCCCGUGAUUCAGUCCAGUGUUCUGGCCAAAAGCGGCGGAGUCGGAAGCACCAAAGUUAUCAACGCCUCCCUCCGCAUCAAGUCCCGUUACCAGACCAUGAACAUCCUGCCCAUGGAGCUGUACAAGGAGUUUGCUGAGUACAUCACCAAUAACUACCGGACACUGUGUGCCGUCCUGGAGCCACUGCUGAGCGUCAAGAGCAAAGAAGAGGUGGCUUUUGCCCUGGUGCACAUCCUCCAGAGCACAGGCAAAACAAAGGAGUUCCUGUCUGACAUGGCCAUGUGUGAAGUUGAUCGAUUCAUGGACCGGGAGCAUCUGAUCUUCAGAGAAAACACGCUCGCGACGAAGGCCGUGGAAGAGUACCUCAAACUGAUAGGUCAUAGAUACCUCAAGGAAGCUAUAGGUGACUUCAUUCGCGCCUUGUACGAGUCUGAAGAGAACUGUGAGGUGGAUCCGAUGCGUGUCCCUCCGUCCGUUUUGGCAGAUCACCAGGCAAACCUGCGCAUGUGCUGUGAGCUGCUCCUCUGCAAAAUCACCAGCUCGCUCUGUAUUUUUCCGCGGGAGUUGAAAGAAGUGUUUGCGUCGUGGAGAGCCAGAUGCGCAGAGAGAGGAAGGGAGGAUCUCGCAGACAGCCUCAUCAGCUCCUCUCUGUUCCUUCGCUUCAUGUGCCCCGCCAUCAUGUCCCCCUCGCUCUUCAAUCUGAUGCAGGAGUACCCCGCCGAGCGCACGUCCCGGACCCUCACCCUCAUCGCCAAAGUCAUACAGAACCUGGCCAGCUUCAGCAAGUUCGGCCCCAAAGAGGAGUACAUGUAUUUCAUGAAUGAGUUCCUGGAGAUGGAGUGGAGGUCGAUGCAGGAGUUUCUGUACGAGAUCUCAAACCUGGACACCGGGGGGAACGCGGGCGGCUUCGAAGGCUACAUCGACCUGGGACGAGAGCUGUCCAUGCUCCACAGUUUACUCUGGGAGGUCAUGAGGCAGCUCAGCAAGGAUGCUAUUCUUAAACUUGGGCCCUUACCUCGGCUGCUGAAUGACAUAAGCGUUGCCCUGAGGAACCCCCAGCUCCACAUGCCGACCAAUCACCAACCAGAAAGACCUAAGGACCGCCUCUUCUCCAGACCCUCGUUCAACCGCCUCAUGUCGUCUGACUUCCAAAGCCUUAUGAUGAGAGAUCUCAACAGUUCCAUAGACAUCUCUCGUUUACCCUCUCCCACGGGGGGCGUUUCAGCUGUGGAGUCUCUGUCCAAUAACCUGAACAUGAGGCGCCACGCUGAGCGGGACCUGCGCCAGUCUCGAGAAGUGUUCUACGUGACCCGCCCCCCCCUCGCCCGCUCCAGCCCCGCCUACUGCACCAGCAGCUCAGACAUUACUGAACCAGACCCUAAGGUGCACAGUGUGAACAAGAGUGUGUCCAUGAUGGAUCUACAGGACUCUCGCAUGAACAGCAUCUCAAACCUAAACUCUGUGGGGGACAUGCUCACCUCCUCCCAAGCAUCUAUCGCCGGUCUUGGUCACAGCUUUGGGAACCUGGGCGCCCCCCUGAGGAUGGGAGGUCACCUGGGUGGGGGCUCUGCAGGCUCCGCUCUGCGCUUGAGCCAGAUGGGACACAUAGGGGGUCCCACCGAGUCCCUGUCCCAGCAGCAGCAGCAGGCUGCAGCAGCCAUGAACUUCCCCCUGUCUUUCCAAAACCCUCUGUUCCAUCUGGCGGCUCAGAACUCGCCCGCUCAAUCCCAGGCCCCGCCCCCUCUGCUCCUCGCCCCGGAGACGGAGAACGGUCACCACGACUACGCGCCGGCGUUUGGCAACAGCGCCUUCUCCCGCAGCGAAGACCUGUCGGCGCUGCGCUCUCAGAACAGCCUGGUGCAGCCGAGCAUCGUGCACUCACACAGCUACAGUGAUGAUUUCACUCGGCAGAAUCAGAGCAAUGACUACGGCUGGCACCAGCUGUCACUACAGGUGCAGGAGUCUCUGCAGCAGCAGCAUCUGAUGGGUGUCACCGCACAGACCGCUACAGGCACAGGGACCCCCGCCUCUUUAGCUACGCCCCCCACCACAGUGCACCCAGUCCGGCAGUCCUCCCUCGCUCAGCACCUCAAAUCUCAACGCUCCAUCAACAACCCCGCCACGGCUACCCCGCCCAAGACUCGUCCCCAAAGCCGAAACAUUCUCCUGGACUCCAGCGAGCCCAGCUUCAGCGGCAGUGGGCCCCGAACACGCCAUAACCAGGUGCCACCCCAACAAUCCCAACCUCAGCCAGCGCCUCCUCAGCCGCAGCAGGACGGGCAGGUCACGGUCACCGACAGCCCCGCCCCUGGACUCCCCUAUCAGAAUAGCUCCGCCAAAGAGCCCCAGGGACCACCAGCCGCUGCAGAGGAGUCUACUGACACCCCCACCAAAAGCACCAAGAAGUCUCAGCCAGCCCAACUGCAACCUCCACAACCGCAUCUGCUCAAACCUGUCUCAAAUAAACAGUCCAAUUUGACCACCAUGAACGAGCGUACGGUGGCCUGGGUGUCCAAUAUGCCUCACCUGUCUGCGGACAUCGAGAGCCUGAGACCGGACCGUGAGGGGCAGCUGAAAGAGUACUCCAAAAGUAUGGACGAAUCCAGGCUCGACCGGGUAAAAGAAUAUGAAGAGGAAAUCCACUCAUUGAAGGAGCGUCUGAAGAUGUCCCACCGAAAGCUGGAGGAGUACGAGCAGCGGCUGCUGUCCCAGGAGCAGCAGACCAAUAAGAUCCUGCAGCAGUAUCAGAACAGACUGGAGGACAGUGAGAGGCGCCUCAAACAGCAGCAGUUAGAGAAGGACUCACAAAUCAAAGGCAUCAUCAGCAGACUCAUGGCUGUGGAGGAUGAGCUGAGAGUGGGUGCCAUUCCUGAUAUUAAGCCUCGAUUCCUCACAGACCAGUCUAUCAGCCAGGGCUAUGGAUCCUGA